GAAACUAAAGAAGAUGAUGAAUGGGAUACAACCAGUAUCCCAUGGAUGAUAACAAUGGAUGAUAGUGAUAGCAACGGUAACAACAAUGAAACAGGAACGCCCUACAAAAAGCAACAUGAACAGAUGGUUAGUACUAUAAAAUCGUUGUUCGACACUUCUCCUCCAGAUAACGAAAAUUGGACAUGA